UUUCUCGACGGGAUGAAAAUCAGUGUGUAUGUCCCUGGCACGCAAUAAUUGAGCGCACACGGCUGUUUGUUGACCACUGUGAAGUAGGAGAUCAUUCAGGAGUUAUUUCGGUGACAAGAAAACAGACUGUAACAAGGAAUGUCAUUCCGAGGGAGAAUAAAUUGAAUUAUACGCCUUUAGAGCUUGGAAUCAAUCAGGAAACACGUUUUCCAAUUAAGAAACAAGUUUCUUAAGUGGAAAAAAUUUGUGACUCCAGGGAGCAAGCGCUGAUUUGCUCGGGGGAUGCGUCAUCACGUUGUGAAAGAACAGAAACUGUGGUUUUCCAAUUAGUAAACGAGAGGUGCCGUUGAUGACAUCAAAUCAUCAGUCUGUUUUCAAGGAAGCUGAACUUGCAAGAGGGGUAUAAAGUGAAUCAGUCUGACGCUAUGGAAAAGAAGGCCUAAGAUGUUAGUAUCCCCUUGAAGGAUGGCACCUGCCCUUUAAUCUGUCGACAUCUUGGAGAUUUACAGAGUUCUAAUAGCUUAAGAGGGAAGAGGCUUCCGUCAGAACAAUACCGACAAGUGCGGAGUAUAAUCCGAAAUUCUGCACAGGUUACAACGGUAGAGCUGCCGGAACGAGUGACUGACACGAACAGGCGACAUUGUCGCAACACAUCAAUCCCAUGGAACAAUAACUAGAAUUAUUACUGUCCAUUUGGAAAGCUGGGAAACUGUGAUAUGGCGGUCUAGACAGAAUUUGAACCGAUAAUGACACCAAAAGAAGCGAGAUGGAAGUUCAUCCGAGCAGUGCGCAUGAUCAUCAUGCAGAUUACCCUGAACAGGGGUACGGCCGAAGUGGAGGAAGAGGACCAGGUCUUGUCCUUCAAUUCUCACAUCGAGGGCGUGGAUGGAGUGACCAUCGAACAACUGACCUUCGAUAAAAAGUAUUUCCGCGCAAAGAGAGAGACGCGCAUCACGCAAGAUGUGAAGAACGUGCUAAGCCUGGAACAAGAAGACAGAACACCUGCCCAGUUACAACUGGCUCUCCAUGGUCUACAGUCUAUCUCAUCUUUUGCUGAAUAUCCUCUGCACAUCCAGGAGAAACUGGUGCGCGUGGCAUUCUUCUACAAUAUUCCAGCCAAGAGGGUCAUCAUUCGUGAGGGUCAUAAUGCUGAAAUUUUCUACUUCCUCAUCACUGGAUCGGCUGCUGUGACAUGUUCUGGUGUGGAUCCGGUGAGCAAGGAACCCACGGCCAAAGUGGUGCAGAUCUUACGCAAGGGAGAAUGCUUCGGAGAACGAGAACUACUGCAUAGCAUCAAACGAACUCACACCAUCACCGCCGAGGUGCCCUGUGAGCUCAUCGCAAUAGAGAUGGAGGAUUUCUUUGACAUGUUUAUGGGUGAAGGUGAUCAUGGAAAAGAGAUGGAACAUCUGAAAUUCCUGAGGAUACUCCCUUUUUUGAAGGGAUGGCCCGUGCGGAAACUCAAUGAUCAUCCCCAGAUGGGACUCUUCCAUUAUUUCAAACGAGGGGCAGUUAUUUCCACGGACAGCAACCAGUCAGACUGGCUGUACAUUGUCAAGUCUGGUUCUUGCCAAGUGAUCAAGGAAUUGUCAGAAGCCAGACCAGGGCAGCAGAGACGAAGUAGCACGAUCCUUGACCCCAACAUGAAUGAGAAAUUUGCUCCCAAUGGACUCAAUGUUGGUCCCAAAAUCGACAGUCGAAGACGGCGAUCAUCAGUCAAGGAACCAGACCUGAGCAGUCUGAGGGUGCCUUCAUCACUUGAUGAUACAAGGUCUAGAGAUGGUGACAAGAAGGUUGUCUUUGUCCAACUGGACAUGUUGCUACCAAAGGAUGUUUUUGGCCUGCCAUUCCUGUGCUCUGAGGCUGGGAUAAUCGAUGCCAGGCAGCCUAGCCUCAGUCUGGUCAGCCGGGGUGCAGAGGUCAUCAUGCUGAACAAGAGAUUCUUCCUGGAACACGCCAACCAGUACGUCAUCCGUCACCUGAAGGAGAUCGUCCGUCCAUACCCACUUCAAGAAACGUUGCAGGAGCACCUGCAGGCCCAUACAGACUGGCAGCACUACAAGCAACAGACGCUGUCUACAGUGGUGACAGGGGCUAGACGCAAGUCUGUCACCCAACCUCCUUAAGGCAACACAUAAUGGACUGUGGAUCAACUGAACCUGACCAGGGUCUGUUAUCCAACAUACAAGCAGCAGAAAACACAUCCUGGGUGACUGGGACCAGACCAAAGUCUGUAUCAACCUGCUCAGCUUUCAAGCAACAAAUCAAAACAGGACUACAACCACAUCAAAUCUGAUGGACAAACUUCCAUUUCAAUAUUCUGUCUUCAACCAGACAAAAACCGAACGCCAAAGUGAAUUGUCCUCUUACAGAAUGCCUCUUUCAGACACAGUCUGACCUUGUACUGUUGUAGCAAGCGGCUACAUUUUAUACUACAUGUGACUACAGUCAGGUCAAGUCUGCUAUCCAAACUCUGUUUCUGCAAGAGACUUAAUGACUUGAGGGGGCUGGAGCCUGACAAAGUCUUGUUAGCCCAUAUGAUAAACUAAAAAAAAGGAUGUUAUAUUUUACUGCUUCUACUCUGACCACGAAGUUUAAGUGUACACAAAAUCUUUUACCCAUGUGUAUGUUCUUUCCAAUCUUUUUUUUUUUCAUUUUGUUGGUCUAAAGCACAAGGAAAAAAGUUACGCACCUUGGUUUUCAACCAGACGAACAAUCAAUUGGGUCCAUAAAAAUAAACACAUUUGACUUGUGUAAGUUAUGUUGGUUCUUUUCCAAUGAAAACACUAACGAAACCUCUAACACGGACUUUUGGCAGGUCAAGAUAUCAUCCUUACCAAUAUCCUGUGAUUAGAGCAAAGAAAUUUCACUUGAAAAUUGGAAACUAAUGUCUCAAAUCAAGAAGAAAGCCCAGAGAUAAGUAAACUUCAUGGAUACUUGUCAAACCAAUAAGUUAUUUAAUACAACUUUAAACUCAUAUUUAUUACCCUGCAUUUAUAAAAACGUCUUCAUAUCAUAGGCUCAUUGUUUUUUUUCGUGAAGAUUUAAUCCCAGAUUGUUUAAAUGAAAGCAAUUUCUUCAAAUGCUCUAAUUUCCUGAAAAAAGGGAGGAUUAGUUUUAUUUUUUUUGGUAACUUGAAAACAAAAUGUUAAAAAAUUGGGUUCUAGCUCAAGAAGAAUUUAAAGGUCAUUAAGCAGGCCAUUGAAAUAAACCCUUAUUUGAGUCAGAACAUUUAAAGAAGGGAGGUGUGGUUCCAUAAAUUUCACAAACAAGUUCUAUUUCUACAAGAAAAUCAAGACAAUAAAAGUCUUUAUUUCAAAACCCCCAAAAAACUUCAACAGUGAUUUCAGAAUUUUCAGUGUGUUCUGUGGCACGGUGUCACAGGUAUGAAGACAAGCAUUAAGAAGAAAAUUAAUACACAUAAAACCAUUUUAAAUUAUUCUACACAAAACUUAUUACAAAUAAAUAUGUACAAACAACCUGCUAUUUUUUUGAUUUUGUAGUUUGCAACUAAACGGUAAAAGUCUUACUGUUGUAUUUCUUGCAUGUUGUUACCCCACAAAUGGUGACAUAAUCAAAGUUUUCUCAAUUUAGAAUGGCAUCGUUUACCAGGUUACUGAAUGGAAAAGUGUUUUUGUCAAAUUUUAAAAUUUGUAUCUGUAUACUUGAAGAGAAGUUUUUUGCAGUUUAGUUAGCAGUACUAUGGUCAAUAUUGUGCUAGAAAUCUACAAUAUUUGUCACAAGACAAAAUGUUGUGCUUUGAGCCAAGCAUGUCUCAAGAAGAUGAUCGAUGAAUGAAAUUUUUAAAAGUACAACUUUUGAUCAUUUUUUAUAUCUCUGGAUGCCAUUUUAGAGGCAUCCAAAUGAACCAUAUUGUUACACAUAUGUCUUAUUUGGAUCAACCUGGAUACUUCGUUGGGCAUGAAUGGAUAUUUCUGCUGUAUCACUGUUACUUUAGGACUAAUUUUUUUUUCCUGAUUAAAGAGCCUUCUUUUUUCCCGGCUUUAUCGAUUAACCCUCACCCCCAGGCCCUUUUUGCUAGGAACCCUCCUCAAUCCUUUGAUUUCGGGGGCGAAAAAAUUGGAUUCUCCCUCAAUCCU